AUGGAACAAUCGUUUGAGAUGAUAAGGCUAAUUAGAGAUAAGAUAUUGGACACGAUGGAAAGUGAUAGGCCGCUGAUUAUAGUGGGGAAUAAAGCGGAUCUUGAAGUACAAAGGCAGGUGAGUUUUGAAGAAUUGAAGGAAGUGGGGAAAGAAUUUGGAGGGGUUCCGGUGAUGGAGUGUUCUGCGAAGAGUAAUUAUAAUGUUGAUGAGGUUUUUGAGAGUAUAGUGAAGGAGAUAGAGAAGAUGGAGGGAGGUGAGGAUGAGGAUAAGGAGGAGAAGGGAUGUGUGGUCAGUUGA